AUGAUUGUCAAAAGCGAAAAUGAGCCAGUGGUGAAGGAAUAUUUGGGCACGAACAAGAUUACCACCUUGAUCACAUACAAAGGAUUUGACUUCACAAUUUCUAAUACAUUAUGGACCCUUGUGUACAUUAACAUCUCAAGUAACGCACUCCGUGGUAGCAUCCCUGAAUCCAUCGGGGGGCUUGCUAUGUUAAACGUGCUCAACAUGUCACGCAACUCGCUCGCGGGGCCAAUUCCGUCUCAGCUUGGCCGUUUGGGCCAGAUGGAAACUCUGGACCUAUCCUUCAAUGAGCUUUCAGGAACAGUUCCCCAGGAGCUAGCAUCUCUGGACUUCCUUCCAGUGUUGAACCUCUCCUGCAACAAGCUGGAAGGCAGAGUGCCGGAGUCACCUCAUUUCAUGACGUUUUCGGAUGGCUCCUUUUUGGGAAACGGUGGCCUGUGCGGGCCUCCGUUGUCCAAAGAGUGCAUCGGCACAAUACCACCACCUGCAGUGUCAGGUCGCUCCAUGGAGAGAUCUGUAGAUAUUGUGCUAUUCCCCUUUGUUGGACUAGGAUUUGGUGUUGGAUUUGCAGUUGCAGUUGCUGUAAUGCCAUGA